CCUUACUUCCUGCCCUCUUUCCUUCCUUCCUUCCCUCCCGCAGCGGCCGCCGCCCCGGUCCUUCCUCCCCGGUCCUUCCUCCCUGCUCCUUCCGCCCCGGUCCUCCCUCUCUCCGUCGCCGGCUCCGGCGGCCUGUUUCCCGGGGAGAUGCAGCAGCAGCAGCCGGAGGAGGAGCAGCUUGUUCCGGCCUGAGCGGAGCAGAAGCAGCGGAGCAGCGGCGGGAACAUGUCCGGCAGGAAGCCUCUGACCCCGGUCAGCGAGUCCGAGCAGACGCCGGUGCUAAAGUGUUCAGAUGGACUCCCCACUCCGCCGGCUCCACCCACCAAACUUUCGAGUCGCCAGGUGGUGGCGCCGUCUCGCAGCUCCACGAUGUCGCUUGCUGACGAGCAGCCGCACGUCGGUAACUAUCGUCUGAUGAAAACCAUCGGCAAAGGAAACUUCGCCAAAGUGAAGCUGGCACGUCACACGCUGACUGGCCGAGAGGUCGCCAUCAAAAUCAUUGACAAAACGCAGCUGAACCCGACAAGUCUACAGAAGCUCUUUAGAGAAGUCAGUGUGAUGAAGAUCCUGAACCACCCAAACAUUGUGAAGCUGUUUGAGGUCAUCGAGACGGAGAAAACUCUGUACCUGGUGAUGGAGUACGCCAGCGGAGGUGAAGUCUUUGAUUAUCUCGUCGCUCACGGACGAAUGAAGGAGAAAGAGGCCAGAGCCAAGUUUCGCCAGAUUGUGUCUGCAGUUCAGUACUGUCACCACAAGAGGAUCGUACACAGAGACCUCAAGGCGGAGAACCUGCUUCUUGACGCCGACAUGAACAUAAAAAUCGCAGACUUCGGCUUCAGUAACGAGUUCACGCUCGGCAGCAAACUAGACACGUUCUGUGGUUCUCCUCCAUACGCUGCACCCGAACUCUUCCAGGGGAAGAAGUACGACGGGCCGGAGGUGGACGUGUGGAGUCUGGGUGUGAUUCUCUACACGCUGGUCAGCGGCUCGCUGCCCUUUGACGGACAGAACCUGAAGGAGCUCAGGGAGCGUGUCCUCAGAGGAAAGUACCGGAUUCCCUUCUACAUGUCGACCGACUGUGAGAACCUGCUGAAGAAGCUGCUAGUCCUGAACCCUGGGAAACGAGGAAACCUGCAGCAAAUCAUGAAAGAUCGAUGGAUGAAUGUCGGCUACGAUAACGAGGAUCUGAAACCGUUUACUGAACCGGAGCAGGACUUUAACGACCUGGAACGCAUCGAGCUAAUGGCGACGAUGGGUUUCCCGCAGGAGGAAGUGAUGAAAGCGCUGGACGGUCCGAAGUACAACGAGCUAACGGCGACGUACCUGCUGCUGGGCAGGAAAACUGCUGAGUUUGAAGGCACUGAGUCUUUGUCCAGCACUAACCUGGUUCAAAGGUCAAGACCCUGUAGCGACUUCAACGGCUCCAGUCAGAGUCCCGCCCACUCUCGCAGUGCAGCAGCCAAUCAGAAGCACCGGCGGUUCAGCGAUCACGUGGCGCCCUCUAUCCCCCCGCCUGUCUCCUACACCAAGCGUUGCCACGCCAACAGCGUAGAGAGCGAGAGAAGGGCGGAGCCUGCCUCACCGAUGGGAGCUCCAGACCGUAGGAAAUCAGCCACCGCCUCAGGGAGCAUCACUCGCAGGAACACGUACGUUUACGAGCGGACGAACACUGAACGCCAUUCUGUGGUGAUUCCUAACGGGAAAGACAGCAGUCUUCCUGAGGUUCCUGCGGCAUCUCCGUCCCCGUCACCUGGGGCGACCGUCUCCUCCUCACGCCCCCGUCACGUGAAGUCCAUGUCGGCGUCGGGUCACCCCAUGAAGUCUGUGCUGCCUCCCAUCGACGACAGCGCCGAGUAUCAGAGCUCCGCCCACCAGGCUCCGCCCUCCUCGCCCUCAGCCUUCAGUGUCACCAGCAGCAGCACAACGCCGGACCGGAGUCGUUUCCCCCGCGGCUCCUCCACCCGCUCCACCUUCCACGGCGCUCAGCUGCGAGACCGACGACCCGCCACCUACAACGGCCCGCCGGCCUCGCCCAGCCUGUCACAGCACGCCGCCGCCGCGCCACACCGCGGCACCUCGGCCUCACUCAUCGGAAAGAUCACUUCCAAAUUCGUACGCAGGAGUUUAUCGGGUGAAUCCAAGGACGAGGGGCGGGACUCCAAGCCUCGGUCGUUGCGGUUCACGUGGAGCAUGAAGACCACGUCAUCCAUGGAGCCGGGCGAUAUGAUGAAGGAGAUCCGCAGGGUUCUGGACGCCAACAACUGUGAUUAUGAGCAGCGCGAGCGCUACCUGCUGUUCUGCGUCCACGGCGACGCGCGGCAGGACAGUCUGGUCCAGUGGGAGAUGGAGGUGUGCAAGUUGCCCCGCCUCUCACUCAACGGCGUGCGCUUCAAGAGGAUCUCGGGGACGUCCAUCGCCUUCAAAAACAUCGCCUCGAAAGUAGCCAACGAGCUCAGGCUGUGAACGACGACCAAGGCAGCCAUUUUCUGUUUUUAGCACUGUUCCAGAUGAAUGGUGCGUUCACACCAAAAAGAAAAACGACCGAUCAUUUGUGUUUACGCGUGAAAACUCACUUAUGGCUAAUGCUAAGCUAACUGUGUAAGCUAAAGUCCAUUCUCCUCGCUAACUUCCUGCCCCGCCCCGACCCUCUCAUUCUUUCUGCCCACUCUUACAAUCUUACAACACAGGAUUUGUGGGCGGAGACGCAAAUCCUGCAAAGUCAUUGUCUCCUACUAAAGGUCGAUUCUUGUCAAAUCUGGAGUAGAUCGAUAGCCUGCGUCUGCUCUCCUGAAGCUAAUGCUACGUUGGUGUUUUCAGAAGAAUCUCAGUGCAGAUUGACUUUUGCGACUGAUUGAAUUUCACGUCUUGGCUGAAUUAGCGUGAUGCGUGAAAAGGUUUGUUUUGGGUUCGGUGUGAACGCACCACAGACUCUUCUUAUACUCCACACAGUUAAUAUUUAAUGUUAAUGUCACUAAAUGUUGACGCCAGCGAAACCAAACCCCUCCUGAAGAAGCACGAACUCUUACUCCCCCUGGUGGCUGAAGGGAAAACCUUUGCAAUAAAAUUUGAGCAGAAAUGAAAUCGACUUCCUGUUGGUUCAGAAAACCUUGUCCUUGUUCAGACACAUCAGAAUAUUUUAUUUUUUAUUUUUUUACGAGUUGUUUACGUUGUUUUGUUUAUGUUUACUUUUUUUAUUCUUUUUUUAUUCAGUCAGAUCAAAGCUUCAUUUUCUGUUGUUGUUUAUGCUGAAACCUGAUACUAAAUCUAUUAAAUCCUGUUUUCAUUCACACCUGGUUAAACUUAAAGGAUCACUCUGCUGUCAAUCUUCCAGUUUCCUCAGUCAGAACUGGCUCAAACUGGUUUUAGGGCAGGAAGUUUAGACUGUAGCACACCGAGGUUGUAAUACCUAGUCGACAGCUGCUCUGAACAUCAACAGUGUUAUUGCACAUCACUUCAUACACUCAGUACUGCCCCCUGCUGGUGUCAGUGAAUGCUGUUUUGUACUCAUGUGUUUAUCAAAUGGACUUGAUUAAACCUAGCAUUAAUGCUAACAUUAGCCACUGAAUCACUUGACUUCAGAUGUCCUGUGGAAACUAAAACAACAAGGUGGACGUCAGCUGAUCAGUGAGUGCUUCUCUUGUGUUUUUGUCCUAACAUUUCCGUUGGAGCGCCCCCUGUAGUUGUACUUUCAAGUUCUAAACUUCUGAAUUAGUUUCCUGAAUUCUCAAUUAUGAAAUGGCCGCUGCGAACACUGAAAUUGUAGUUUUGAUGUGAUUUUGUGUGAAAUCGCAGCUCUGUCAGCUGAUGUCUGUUAACACCACAAGAUUAGCAUGCUAGUUAGGAGUAGCUGUAAUGCUAACAUUAAAGUUCUAUGGAAAUGA